UAGCUAUCCAAACCGCCACCAUGAGCGCCCCCAGUACUGCUGCUACUGAUGACACUACGAAGGACACCUCAUCAAGCACUGGAGAUGGUGAUGUGAUGCUGUUACCAUCUCCUCGAUUAAAUGUGUUAUCGUUUGCCGUGUCGGUGCCGGCAUCGUCGACAAUGGAUCCAAUUUCCUUUGACGAUGAUUACGACGAUACCGUCGGUGCGGCCAUGAGUGAAUUGGGAAUUUCUUCUUCUUCCAAGAAAAAGAAGAAACCGCCCAUGACUCAAAAUGCGUCGGCCAUGGAUGGCAUUGGCAUGGUGGGGACUAUUAUUUUACUAAAGACGUCCGUGAUCGUGUGGUUUGGAUGGGGGGCCACCAGUAAGACACCCACGCAAGACUCUACCAACGGCCGAGAAGGCGUCAAUCAUUCCCGCAUUCUAGGAAGUCUCCCCCAAGAACAACACGCCAUGGGCCAUUUGCUGGUGGCCAUGCCACCUCGCAAAUUUGGCGGAGCUUCCUCAGAACCACAAUCGUCCACGUCCAAACUGAUUGGAGGCGAGUAUCCCGACGAUGAAACGGUAGCCCAACAAAUGGCCCGUCGUCUCAGUCAAAAAUCCAAAAUGCCCGUACUCGUCAGUUGUCAAUUGGAUCCUACCCAUGCUCAAUCCAUGGGAUUUGAUCCCGAUCUAUUGCAUGCUCGAGCCGCCGCUUUGGCCGAACAACAUAUUUGGAGUAUACUACAAAAACAAAAACAACAACAGGGGAUACCGAAAUGAAUGGAUAAUCAUGAAACCAAUCCACACAGCAAUAUUCCAUAGAAACGGUUGGCACGCAGAAAUCUACAGUUCCUGACCUGAUGUGGCUCCGUGAGAUCAAAUUUCGAUUGUGGCAGAAGAUAAUAACAAUGCACAUCAGGUCGCCGCAACAUUUUUUAGUUGAGAUCACCAUGGCAUGCUAGCUACGGUAGCUAUAGUGAUAUAUUGAUAGAUACGAUAUCUGGUUGGAAGCACUUGUAGCGUCUAGCUAGGUAUUACUAGUAGUGUGCUUGUACCCGUAAUAACGGGCUCAAGUGAUCUCCAAUUAAUUUAUUUCUCGCAAGCAGCCAUGUCCCCUUCAAGCUUUCGAUCUAACCAAGCAAUCUAAUCGUUGACUACAUACCGGGACAUGUACUAC